CUUUCCUACUCCUUCAUAAGCUCAGACUUCAGAGCCCUCCCGUUCCAUCUUCUGAAUUCAGAGAGAGGCCAUGGCGGCGAUGGUGCUGGGGGCGCUGCGGAGGGGAGGCGGAAGCGGCCACUGUGGCUCGCUCGUCUUUGCUCAGUCGCUCCGCAGACUCGUGAGCACGCUGGUCGUAGCUGAGCACGAAGGAGGGCUCGUGAAGCCGUCGUCUCUGAGCGCAUUGGCGGCUGCGGAGGCCAUCGCCAAAGAGAACAGGAUUUCUCUUCUGUUGGGUGGAUCCGGGCCAGCGCUUCACAAGGCUGCCGAGCAUGCUGCAUCCAGCCAUCCAUUGGUAUCUGAGGUGCUGGUUGCGGAUUCAGACACCUUUGCGCAUCCUUUGGCUGAACCGUGGGCUGAGCUAAUCCGUUCUGUUCAGCAGAAAGGUGGAUACUCUCAUGUUAUAGCUUCUUCAACGUCGUUUGGGAAGAAUUUGCUUCCACGUGCUGCAGCUCUUCUUGAUGUCUCCCCUGUUACUGAUGUCACUGCUGUAGCGGAGGCACGGGUCUUUGUGAGGCCAAUUUAUGCUGGAAAUGCACUUUGUACUGUGAGAUAUACUGGAGAGGAUCCUUGUAUGAUGAGUAUUAGAUCAACUUCGUUUUCCCCAACUACUGAGGCUAUGUCUGAAACGAAGGUUGCACCUAUCACCCAGGUUGAUCUCUCUUUCCUCAGUGAAGGUAGCUUAGGGAAAUCAACAUGGGUGAAUCUGACAUCCCAAGAUACAGAACGGCCUGACCUUGCAAAUGCACAGGUAGUAGUCACCGGAGGCAGAGGUCUGAAAAGUGCUGAAAACUUCAAAUUGUUGGAGCAGCUUGCUGAGAAACUUGGGGCAGCAGUGGGUGCGACUAGGGCUGCUGUUGAUGCAGGUUUUGUUCCAAACGACCUUCAGGUUGGUCAGACUGGGAAAAUAGUUGCACCGGAGCUCUAUAUGGCGUUUGGAGUUUCUGGAGCGAUACAACACUUGGCGGGAAUGAGAGAUUCGAAGGUUAUUGUGGCUGUUAACAAAGAUGGCGAUGCCCCCAUAUUUCAGGUUGCAGAUUAUGGACUCGUCGCUGAUUUAUUCGAGGUUCUCGACGAAUUGUUAAAGAAGAUCCCGGACAAGAAAUAAGUGGCUGUCGCUUCCAUGUCUCAUUUACCCAUAUGCUCUUAAUAAGAUGAAAUAAUCUCAUGAUGUGAA